CAUAGCCCCGGACCCUCACGGUGCACGGCCUUCGGCCACGCAAUCAGGCAUCCCUGAGUGUGAGUACCAACUCAAAAUAUAGCCCUAUCCCCAUGACCGCACUAUAGAGCUGGGUAACGGGGGUAACACUGACUGACAGAAAACACAAUCGCCACUUCAAGUACAUUUCCCUGUUUAUUCUGUUCGUAUUUACCCUUAUUUACAUAUCAUAUAUUUGAGUUAAUCAAUUAUGUAGCUAAUGAUGUGAACGGAUUGCAAUGCCAUAGGGUAAAAUAACCGCAAAACGGUACAUAAAGAGGUACCUUAGGUCUGAGAAAACUGACCCCUCUAUACACCAUUUUGUAUUGCAGAUCAUACAAAGCCCCGGAUGUCGUGUCGUUUCGUUUGGUACACAACUUAAGCCCCAGGUAUUAAAUAAGCUCUUGAACCAGCUGGGACUCUAGAUCUUCCAAAAUCAUUUAAAAUUGACAUUUUAUCCAUGUUUCGAUGAAGAUUUUCACCAAUGUUUUAUUGUGCAAGGUAACACAUGGAAAAGGCACUGGACAAGGCACUUGACAAAAAUUCCAAGGAAUUUCAUUUUCAAAAAUUUGGGGAAAAAUUGACAUUUUAUCCAUAUGUUUCGAUGAAGAUUUUCACCAACAUUUUAUUGCGCAAGGUAACACAUGGAAAAGGCCCUGGACAAGGCACUAGACAAAAGUUCCCAGGAAAUUCAUUUUCAAAAAUUUUGCGGAUUGACAAAAACCAUCAAAUUAAGUCUCCGCCAAUUAAAAGCAAUGGCAGUCAAAUUAAAGCAAUUUACAGCACAUGCAAUAUAGUGGCGAAAAUAGGCAUUUUAAAAGUACUGUUUUUUUUUGUUUUGUUGG